AUGAUUGAAAAAUUCAUGUCAAAGCGAGCCUAUAACUGGUUCAUCUCCUUAGUAGCAGCAGCAUGCAUGGUGCUCUAUGGUUAUGAUGCCUCGGUCUACAACUCCGUCCAGGGCUCGAAGAACUGGACGGCCUACUUCAACCACCCCGAUGACAACAUGAUCGGAGCCGUCAACACAGCCUACACUGUCGGUGCUAUCUUCGGUGGUUUCUUCCUCGGUGGCCCCAUUGCCGACUACCUUGGUCGCAAGAUUGGAAUGGCGUUCGGUUGUAUCUUGGUAAUUGCUGCCACCUUCAUGCAGUGCUGGUCGCCGCGUGGCAGCAUUGCUUGCUUCCUUGCCGGCCGAUGCAUCAUCGGUAUUGGCCAGGGUGUUGCCUUGACUGCGGGCCCCAUUUACAUUGGUGAACUUGCACCGUCAGAGAUUCGAGGAAAGAUCAUGACCUUCUGGCAAAUGUUCUACUCUGUUGGUUCGUUCAUCUGCUUCUGGAUCAACUAUGGCUGCACGAAGCAUUCGACGAAUCUGGGAGAGUGGGACUGGAAGUUGGUCGUCAUCUUUCAACUUCUCGUUCCCUGCAUCAUUCUGGCCAUUCUGCCUACCAUUCCCGGCUCGCCUCGCUGGUUCGUUCAGCGCAAGGAUGACAUCGAGAAGGCCCGCUUGGCUCUUCGUAGAGUCCGCGAGACAGACGAAGAGGUCGAGGAAGAACUGCUCAAGAUCCGCGAAGCCAUCGAGUACGAGAAGGAGGCCAUCUCCAGCAAUUACAGUGCCCUCUGGAAGGAUAAGUCCCUUCGCAAGCGUAUGGCAUUGGCCCUAGUCAUCAACGCCGGUCAGCAGAUUACUGGACAAGGCACUCUCAACACCUACUCCACCAAGAUCUACGAGAAGGUUUUCAAGAGCGCCAGCAAGAUCGCCCUCAUCAACGCCCUUAACGCCACCUUCGGUAUUCUGUUUACUUUGAACGCCGUCUGGGUCAUUGACCGUUUCGGACGCAAGUUCCUCCUGAUUGUCGGUGGUAUCGGCAUGGGUAUCUGCAUGAUCAUCGUUGCCGCCGUUGAAACCGAAACUCCGUCGCCGGGUGGCGCGAAGACGGAAUCGGUGGGCAUAUCGAUCGUGUUUUUACUUUUCCUAUUCAUCUUCUUCUACAAACCAUCUUGGGGAGCCACGGUGUGGAUUUGGACAUCCGAAGUCUUCUCCAUGAAUGUCCGCGCCCAAGCGGUGGGCAUGGCCUCGCAGACCCAGAACGUCGCCAACGCCAUCGUGCAGCAGUUCUUCCCCACCUUCCUGAACAACUGCGGCUUCUACGCGUUCUACAUGUUCGCAGGCAUCAACUUCCUGCUGUCUGUGUUCGUCUUCUUCUUCAUCCCCGAGACGAAGCAGGUCCCUCUCGAGGAGAUCGAUGCUCUCUUCGGCGGUGCCAACCACGUCACCCAGGGUGAGGACCUGUUUUCCAACGAGAAGACAAUGCACGUUACGCACCAUUCCGCCAAUACGGAGAAGCCCUAUGCCACGACGGUGGAGGAUGCGCGGGUCUAG